CGCCGCCUUGUUGCUGCGGACACGCCGCACCUUGUUCUGCACCGCGCGCUGCAGCUGCGGCUCCAGGGACAGGAACGACGGCGGUGCCGCGCCGCACGAGGCCGCCUCCGCCAUGAUGCUCCUCACAGCGCCGGGCGGAACUGCGUCAUCUCCCCUCGCGGCGGCAGCGUUGCACAUCCGCCGUCUCCCAGUCCCGGUGCCUCCUGUAGCUCCGUUCGCUCGGCCCGCACAGCGCAGGGCGGAGCCAUCGCCGCUCGGCGCCGUGACACCGGCCGCUCCCCGCACUGCGCUGCUCCCUUCAGCCCCGGGCUGUUCAUCAGGCAUCGCUCGGGGCAGCCCGAGGCGGUGUCGGUGCGGCGCCAUGUCAGUGAGCGCCAUGUUCGUGGCGCUGCAGGGCGCGCUCACGGCCGACCAGGACAUCAGAGAGCACGGCUGUGCUCUGUGCCCGCAGGAGAUCAGGAAGGUGGUGCAGGCGCUGGAGCAGACGGCCCGGGAGAUGCUGACGCUGCUGCAGGGGGUGCACCAAGGGAACGGCUUCCAGGACAUACCAAAGAAAUGUCAGAAGGCUCGGGAACACUUCGCUACAAUAAGAACACAGAUGGAAUCUCUGAAGACCAAGUUUCCUGCAGAUCAGUAUUACAGGUUUCACGAGCACUGGAGGUUCGUGCUGCAGCGGUUGGUGUUUCUGGCAGCGUUUGUCGUCUACUUGGAGACAGAAACGUUGGUGACCCGAGAAGCUGUUGCAGAAAUACUUGGGAUUGAAGCUGAUCGGGAGAGGGGCUUCCACCUGGACAUUGAGGACUACCUGUCUGGUGUAUUAACUCUCGCCAGCGAGCUGGCCAGGCUGGCAGUGAACAGCGUCACAGCCGGUGACUAUUCUCGCCCUCUCCGCAUCUCGACUUUUAUCAAUGAGUUGGAUUCGGGCUUCCGGCUCCUCAACCUGAAGAACGACUCCCUGAGGAAGCGUUACGACGGCCUGAAAUACGACGUCAAGAAAAUCGAGGAAGUGGUUUAUGACUUGUCCAUCAGAGGACUCAAUAAGGAGGCAACGGGUGGUGUGGGCGGAGAGAAAUGAAGGAUGCUCACUGUAACAGCACCGUUGAUUACCUCAAAUGGUUGCCAAGUUGGGAGGCGUGCGAGCAAAGCCUUCCUGCAGUAGAUUAGAAGAAGUGCAGCCGAUAGCUGCUCUCUAUUUUCUUACAAAAGGCGUAGUAUGGGUGUUAGAUCUCAAACUGUUUUGUAACAUCACGUAGGUUAGCGCUGCAGACCCUCUGUUCCCACUUCAGCUCCUGUCAGAACACACACUGCUGUUCUGUGGUCAGUCACUCCCACAAGCCAGGAUUCUCACUGGCUCUGUAGCGAGAAGCGUAAAGUGACCAACUGCAGGUAGGAUUUGAGUUCUAACAACCUGCACAGGCCAGGAUUCUACUGUUUCCUGUGUUUAAAAACCAAAAAGCUCACACAGUAAAACGUGUGGCCCCGAAAAGGUCCUUUGCAUGUGAGAGAUCUGCAGACAGCACCAGCCUUUUCCACCUGUGCAAACAAACAGCUCCAUCCUCCCAGUGCAUCUGUUCUUCUCAAUGUCUUUCCACUUUCUUCCUCCAGGGGGUGCAGUAGCGCAAGGGAGAGGAGCAGAUUGUUUAGGAGGAAUAUUUCCAGAGGAUGAAUAUGAACAAUCAAGCUUACGUGGGUUAGUGGGUGUUUCACUUAGUUGACAAACGUUUCCCAUUGUUUCAAUUACGUUUUUAUUUUGUUUAUGGAAAGAAAAUGUUUUCUUGGUUACUUUGGCCAAUAAAAACUGCUCUUUGGCCAUUUGGUAA